AGCUCUGAGCCCUGGGUCCCGGAUUGCGCACCCUUGUUCUGUACCACAUCAGGGCAACUUGUGUGGUUGGCUGAUGCACAGGUUGGACACUGUUUAACCCCCCUUAACAUGCUGCUAGAUAUUAAGAGGAUGGUUGCAGUGAGUUGUAGGCCAAGCAGCAGAAGGGUCUCGGCUGUGUUGGAUCCCAGCUCUAUGUCCACCUCUUCUCGCAGAGGGAGCCAUGGCUGGAAGAGGAGGCAGAGGGAGGGGUCGGAGCCAGAUGACCUUCAAUGUGGAAGCUGUGGGCAUUGGUAAAGGUGACUCGCUGCCCCCAUCCACCCUCCAGCCCUCACCACUCUUCCCUCCCAUGGAGUACAAGCCAGUCCCUCUGCAGACGGGUGAGGAGGUGGAAUACAUGCUGGCACUGAAGCAAGAGCUGAGGGGAGCCAUGAAGAAUCUGCCAUAUUAUGUCAAGCCGGCCGCCCCCAAGAAAGAUGUUGAGCGCUACUCGGAUAAAUAUCAGAUGUCCGGCCCCAUUGAUAAUGCUAUUGAUUGGAACCCAGAUUGGCGGCGCUUACCGCGGGAGCUAAAGAUCCGAGUUCGAAAGCUCCGGAAGGAGAGAACCACCAUUCUGAUCCCCAAGCACAAACAGCGGCUCCCGGUGGACAAGGAGGAAGCCAUUAAGAAACUGGAGACCCUUGAGAAGAAGGAGGAGGAAGUGACAUCGGAGGAAGAAGGAGAGAAAGAGGAGGAGGAGGAAGGCAAGGAAGAGGAGGAAGAGGAGUAUGACGAGGAGGAGCACGAAGAGGAGACGGAUUACAUCAUGUCCUACUUCGACAACGGGGAGGAGUUUGGGGCCGACAGUGAUGACAACAUGGACGAGGCGAUAUACUGAGGGGAGCUGGGUUGCUCGGAUACCAGAGUGGCAUGGACGGUGCUUGGACACCUGGGGCCGCGAACCCCAGCUGUCUUCCCGCAGCAGGGACGGACGGGUGUGCCACGGUGCUGACGGCCGAUCCCUCGGGUGAAGGAGGGGCCUUGUCUGGGCUCGCCGGGGACACCUCCAUCCUUCCUCCAGCUCGGUCACCAUUUCUGUCCCUGCAGUGGGAGGCUUGGAUUCAGAUCAGCCGCUGGGACGCGGCCCUUUUCUUCCUGCCUGGCCUCCACCCCCCUUGGAGUGGACCAGCUGGGGGUGCUGAUGGGUCCUCACCUUGGAACCCUCCAGAGGAUGAUCUCGCGCUUCACCCCUAGGUGGUGCUCUUGAUCCAUUUUCCCAGCAGCUGUUUCUUGCAGGGGGAUGGAAACUUGUGCUGGGAGGGAUAGAGAAUUGAACUAGGAUAGAGAAUUGAACUCCGGCUGAAAUAACCAGCGUGUCCGAGUGACAGACAUCCUCUGCCUUCGGACACCCCACCCACGCACCCCCAGCUACCCCAGGGGGUCCGGCUAGCUCAGCUGCGGGAGAAACUGACCAGAACACCAUCAUCCUGGGAUUGUCAUGUCCUGUGUUAAUCGGCAUCUGCCCCGAAGGAGGAGGUGAAACCAGCAUUGAAACCCAGCAGGGAGUGGUGAGCGGCUCCCACUCCCACCUCCCCGUCAUUCGGCCUGCUUCACUCCCACCUGUCUCCCCCUGCGAUCUGGAACUGACCUCCAUUCCAGCUGUUUGAUCUGGGCACACGGAGUGGGUGUGUUAGUCCAGGGUUUUAAUAGGAAAUCUCAUUGCACCAGCAGGCUCGUAGAGUUCCAAGGGGGAACAUGAAUGGAGCUGUUCUCCAGACCCACGUCCCUUCCCAGUCCUGGGCCUGAUUCUCCAGGGCCUGAUGCCUCGUGCAGCCAGCUGCUUUGCACCACUGUGAGCGGCCUGGUGGGGUGCGAAUCGGGAGGUUGCACCAGCGUUUUGCAUGGGGGGUAAACAACCACACCAAAUGCAGGGCCUCGAAGAAUCGGGUCUUUUUGGGGGGUGGUUCACAGAGGAUCUUAAACUCAUUUCAGACCCCGGGCAGCCACUCGAUUCCCUGCCUCCCCUUGCCCUGAGGAGUCACCAGCUGCCUUUGAGGGAUCCAGCCCCAAUCCUGGAGGUGCCCUAUACAGGUUUCUCAUGUGGCUGGUGUCCUGACAUCUCCUGAGGCUCAUCUCAGAAUGGGGUCCAUCCUGCUUCACAUCAGUGACUUGGAUCUCCCCAGUCUGCAAAGUUUUAAUAAAUGAGGGUGUUUUUACUGUCACUUGAAAAUAUUUUAGAGCAGAUGGGUUAAUGAAUGAGGGAACAUCUCCCUCCCCCACAAUGAUUUUAUGCUGCUCAGUGGUUGAGGAUGGUUGUAAUGUAUUCUCCCCUUCCACAUCCUGCCUAGCUUAUAACCCCCAGGCCCUACAGCCCCCCCCUUCCAGAAUUGAGCCAGGCUGCAGGGACAGGUGUCUGGGGGAGGGGCAACCCCUUGGUUUGACCCCCUGUUGAAAGAAACUGGUGAAUGCCCCCCAAAUGUAUUUGGAUGAGUUUUAAAGAAAGAUUCUGCACACAGAA